UUUGAUUAGAGAGUAAUUGUAUAAAUGAUAAAAAGUAGUUUGUUUAGGAAAGCAAAAAAUCUCUACGGAACGAAGAACAGCCGUUUUCCCCCUUUUCUCACCCCUCAUUUUGACCUAAACGAUACAUCUGCAAACCCACUUGAUUACCUUUUUUCUCCUUUUCAAAAUCACCGAUCAUCUCUUCUCUGGAAAAUAACGUUGACUACGAACAAGAAAUACGAGUUUUGAUCUGGGUUUGGUUUACUUGCUGAGAAAUAACUGAUUAUGCUUAGGGUUUGAGCAUAGAUAAUGGUAGAUUCACAAGCGAGUAGCUUCUUGCUAUCAUGUGUGACUUGUACGGGUAGAGAAUGCCGGAGCUUCGCAGUGGAGUAUGCCGUCCCCGUGCUUCUCCUGUAGUGGACAAGAAGAGCGGUGGCAGAACGCCGAAGGCUGCGGCGGGGAAGAAGCGGUCCGAGUGUUUGCCUAGUAAUUACGUCAAAACUCGAGCGGCGGCGGCCCGGGAGGCUGUGGCAGACGGGGUUGAGGUGAAACAAGAAAAGAAGCCGAAGCGGAAGAAGAAAAAGGACUUUGCACCAACGCCUGUAGUUGUUGUUACCAAACCAGAGGAGGAUAAAGACGAAGGAGCAGUCAAAGAAAUACAGAUGGCGGAUGCUAGCGGCGGGUUGAGCGCUAAUAAGGUCACCGGCCAGGAGGAAGAAGGGAAUACUGCUCCUUUUCCUGAUAGGGUUCAAGUAGGUGGAUCACCACAAUAUAAGGUUGAGAGGAAGUUAGGCAAAGGUGGGUUUGGUCAGGUAUUUGUAGGCCGUCGUGUUACUGGUGGAACCGAACGACUAUCAGGUCCUGGGGCCAUGGAGGUAGCUCUUAAAUUUGAGCACAGAAAUAGCAAAGGUUGCAGUUAUGGUCCUCCAUAUGAGUGGCAAGUUUACAACACUCUAGGUGGCAGCCAUGGUGUGCCUAAAGUACACUAUAAAGGAAAACAAGGAGAGUACUAUGUUAUGGUCAUGGACAUGCUUGGGCCUAGUUUAUGGGACGUAUGGAAUUCUUCAGGGCAAUCGAUGUCAUCUGAAAUGGUAGCUUGUAUAGCUGUGGAGGCUUUGUCAAUUUUGGACAAGAUGCAUUCAAGAGGGUAUGUGCAUGGAGAUGUAAAGCCAGAGAAUUUUUUACUUGGCCAGCCAUCAACAGUUCAAGAAAAGAAAUUAUUUCUUGUUGACCUGGGGUUGGCAACAAAGUGGCGAGAGACUGCCAAUGGUCAACAUGUUGAUUAUGAUCAGCGGCCUGACAUGUUUAGGGGAACAGUUAGAUAUGCUAGCGUGCAUGCACACCUGGGAAGGACUGCUAGUAGAAGAGACGAUCUGGAAUCUCUUGCAUAUACACUCAUAUUUCUUCAUCGUGGCAGGCUGCCUUGGCAAGGGUAUCAGGGUGACAAUAAGUCCUUUCUAGUUUGCAAGAAGAAAAUGGCCACAUCUCCUGAAAUGUUAUGCUGCUUCUGCCCUGCACCUGUAAGGCAAUUCCUGGAGAUAGUUGUGAAUAUGAAGUUCGACGAAGAGCCGAACUAUUCCAAACUAAUUUCUUUGUUUGAGGGACUGAUAGGUCCCAAUCCUGCCAUAAGGCCUAUAAACACAGACGGCGCUCAAAAGAUCAUAUUUCAAGUUGGUCAAAAACGGGGCAGAUUGAAUCUUGAUGAGGAAGACGAUGGACAGCCUACAAAGAAAAUCCGAAUGGGGGUUCCUGCAACGCAGUGGAUUUCAAUUUACAAUGCUAGGCUACCAAUGAAACAGAGGUACCAUUAUAACGUUGCGGAUGCAAGAUUGGGCCAACAUGUUGAGAGAGGAAAUGCCGAUGGUCUACUUAUAAGUUCUGUGGCAUCUUGUUCCAACUUGUGGGCUCUAAUAAUGGAUGCUGGGACUGGCUUCACAAGCCAAGUUUAUGAGCUAUCUCCUUUCUUCUUACACAAGGAAUGGAUUAUGGAACAAUGGGAGAAGAACUAUUACAUCAGUUGCAUCGCUGGUGCUAACAAUGGAAGCUCUCUUGUGGUGAUGUCGAAAGGGACCCAGUAUUCUCAACAGUCUUACAAAGUAAGUGACUCCUUCCCUUUCAAGUGGAUAAACAAAAAGUGGAGAGAAGGCUUCCACGUGACCUCCAUGGCGACUGCGGGUUCUCGUUGGGGCGUGGUCAUGUCUCGUAAUGCUGGCUUCAGUGAUCAGGUGGUGGAGCUUGACUUUCUUUAUCCAAGUGAAGGCAUUCAUAGACGUUGGGAUAAUGGUUAUCGUAUUACGUCAACAGCUGCUACAUGGGAUCAAACUGCCCUUGUCUUGAGCGUGCCUCGCCGCAAGCCUGGUGAUGAAACACAGKAAACUUUACGCACAUCACAGUUUCCAAGCACACAUGUCAAGGUUAGUCUACUUGAUGGAAACUAUUGAUACAUUUUUAUCGUC